AUGUGGUCGCUUGUGACGAGCACUAUAUCUGUGGCGGUCGGCAACGUGAUUCCUCAUUAUUUACUUUUUUUAUUAUCGACUAUCCUUGUGUUAACUCCUUUGGAUCCUGCCAAGGCCGCACAAGAUUUCACGGUCUUCCGGGCACAGCAAUAUGACUACCAGGGUGUCAAUUUAGGAACAAGAGCAUCUGUAAUGAAUUGUGAAUCGCAAGCGCUUAGCAGUAGACUUGGUAAUCUUGAAGGAGCCCAAGUUCCGAAGCCCCCGGUCGUUGUCAUAUGCGCCUACUACGACGCCAUGUCCGCGAUUCCGAGUCUUGCCUACGGUUCCGAUGCAAACGGAAGUGGGGUAGUGGCGUUACUGGAAUUAGCUCGCAUAUUCUCACGUUUCUACGCAGACGCUUCCACCACACCUAAGUAUGACUUGGUCUUUCUGCUAUCUGGCGGUGGUAAGUUCAACUUUAUGGGUACCAAACGAUGGUUGGACCAAAAAAUUGAAGACACAACAGGUCUGGCGAUGCUGGACGCAGUUACCCAGGUAUUAUGUUUGGAAGGGAUCGGGACCGCACGAUUUGGAUCCGACCUGCACGUCCAUCUCUCUCGUCCACCGAAAGAUGGCUCCUUCUCACAACGAUUAGUCAAUUCAUUGAAACUGGCUGCGCAACUCCAUCCGUUUCCACUCAACAAUACGAGUACCGAAAGCUCAUCCGUUCAUGUCGUCCAUAAAAAAAUAAACCUCAAUCAGGAGUUGUUAGGAUGGGAGCACGAACGUUUCUCGAUUCACCGAUUGCCUGGUAUGACUUUGUCCUCGUGGCCAUCAGUGCAAGUGGCGAACCAAUGGCGUCAGACGUCAUUAGACGGUGGUCCCCUCAGUCAUUUCACUGGCUCCGCCUCAAAGUCUUCACGCAUGCGUGGCGCAGUCGAUCCGGUUGUGCUUGCUAGAAACACGCGCGUUGUUGCUGAGGCUUUGGCACGUGUAUUACUGGACUUGGAUAUGAAUGAAUCCGCCAUGAAUACAUCCGCAUUGAUUGCUGAAGAGGUGAGUUGUGCAUUUCGGAUUGUCAUACUAUUAGUAUAUUUCUUAAGCAGCACUAGUCUUGUGAUCUGA